UAGAUAAAAGGUAUUUUAAUUUCCUUUGCAACUGUAAAAUUAAAAUCAUUUCAAAACAUUUCGAAAUAUAAACUCUUGAAAAUAAAGGGCGAGCCACACCCACUUGUUCUUUUUUUCUAGCUCAACGGGGACUAUUCUUUACUUGAUCCUGUAUGAUAAUAGAUCAUUCGAUACGCUUAUGAGCCUAAUUCUUUUAUCAAAAUUACUUACUUCGCUUUUUCUUUAUUAAGGACUGUCGGAAGCGUUGAAAUACCAGAAGUAGAAGAUUUGUCAACAAGUUUCUUGGAAGGUAUGGAGGAGCUAUUGCCAGAAAAUUCCACCAUGGUGGAGGACUUGGAUACUCAACCUUCAUGUUCUUCGGGACGUUCAAGCGGAAGGGCAACUAAGCAACGCGCCGAUGCCGAACUGAAGGAUACUUUUGCCAAAGCCUUGGAAGAAUGCGUUGCCUCAGUAUCUGACCUUGCCAAAGUGCCACGAAAAAAUUCAACGUUCUCGCUUUUUGAAUCCUUUGCUCAAAAAAUAAUAGAUGCAAACUUAUCCCAAGCCGAUGUUUAUAGAAUAGAAGCAAAAAUUAUGUUGGUACUGCAUGAGGAAUUGGCGAAAUGUUACAAAUGAACUAAUAAUAAUAUUUGGUAUUAAAUUGACUGCUGUACUU